UUUCACUUUGCUGUCAAAAUUGAGUUUAGCCUGCAUUUAUGUACUUAAAAGCGCGUUUGUAUAAAUUAUUUAACUCCAAGUUUCAUAUUUAACUUAUAAAAUAAUACUUUGAACUAUGUUGAACCUAUCGAACAAACUAACAAAUUUAAAUAUAAAUAUAACGCACUUGCUUGAAUGAAAUGUUUAUUGGAAGUUGAAACAAAGGUUAGGAUGAGGAGUAUUAUUAAUAUUUUAAAAAUGUUUGUCGCUUUUUUUUAUGACUAUGCACGAGGAUUAUCAUACGCUAUCAUUACGAUUUUGAUUUUGGGUUAUUGCUUACACCCAGCAAGAUUUGCAUCACAUUACAAUUUUAUAAAAACAGAAGAUAUUUACGAUGAAAUGGAAAGAUCUUAUCCAGCAAGAGAUAAUUCGUGCACGAUCAUGAUUAAUCCGCGAAGAUCUCAAUUAUUUUAUCCAGAGGAACAUCCACGAGAAGAUCCCGUGGCAAUGGCCCGCCGUCUGGGUAUAUUACCUGGAGGACAGUGGAAACCUCUAAAUUGUCACCCUCUUUUCAAUGUGGCCAUUAUAUUACCAUAUAGAAAUCGUCAAACACAGCUCACUAUUUUUAUGAAUUAUAUUCAUCCCUUCUUGCAAGCUCAAAAUCUUGAUUAUAGAAUAUUUGUGAUAGAACAAAGUCCAAUACAUGAGUUUAAUCGUGCUAAACUUUUCAAUGUUGGAUAUGCAGAGGCGACCAAGGUGAAUGAUUUUCACUGCUUCAUCUUUCAAGACAUAGAUUUAAUACCUCAGAAUCCGGACAACAUUUAUGCCUGCACUAAAUUGCCCAGACACAUGAGUUCAAGUGUAAAUACUUUCCGUUACAACUUACCAUACAGUGGUUUGUUUGGUGGUGCAAUUGCAUUAACUCGAAAACAGUUUGAAAGAGUUAAUGGAUUCUCUAAUGUUUUCUAUGGAUGGGGUGGAGAAGAUGAUGAUUUUUACAGUCGACUACAAUCAAAAGGUCUUCAAAUUACACGUUUUGGGCCUGAUAUUGCUCAAUAUUACAUGUUACUACACAAAAAAGAAUCUCCAAGCAAUUCUAGAUUUGAAAAUCUUGAGAACAGUGCUCAAAGGUAUGAUAUUGAUGGAAUCAGUAAUUUAGAAUAUACAGUUCUUAAUCACCAAUUAAGACCAUUAUAUUCUUGGAUUUUAGCAGAUGUUUAGUUUCCUUCAUCUUCUGUUUAAAAGUGUUUACUGCAAUUUAAUUUACUUCCCUCAAAGAACUGAAAAUAAUUCUUAUGAUAAUCUAGUUAGCAACAAUUUAUAGAAUUGUUAGACUCUGAAAUAUGCUCCUAAUAUUUAUAAUAACUGUACCCAUUAAAUUAUUUUGUAUACCAUU